UAGCAACAAAUAAAUUAAGAUAAUAAGAAUACACUACAAACAAACGAAGAUACUUCCAGCGCCGCCUCCGCCACCUUCUUUAUUGACCUUCCCGCUCUCUCUUACGCUGUGAUGAAUUUGCUGUAGAAGGAGAAAAUUCUACAACUUUAGGGUCAACAGAAGCCUAAUUAUUUUUCUGAUUUCAAAAAGUAGAACAUAUUGAACAAUCCAAUAUACGACUGUAGCGUCACUGAACAAUAUGAAUCAUAGCUGGUGCCGGUAAUGGAGACACAGAAAAACCCCUGCUGUCUGCUGUCAGCUCUAUGAAUUACGUCAUUGGUGCCUGGUCAAGCGAAUAAACACAUAAGUAAUGAAUAAUUCCAUAUAACUUUCUUUGCGUUUAUUGUAGCCAAAAUAUGACUUUUUGUUUUUCAUUACAAUAGUCACUUGUAUAGAUCCUUGGAAACCAACUUGGAAUGUUGUUGUUGACGAAUGUUGUUGCGGUGUUUUCAUUUCAGCUUUGUCUGGUUUUGGGAAAAGACAUUCUGCUUCCCAAAUGUGUCAAGAUCGUGUCCAUUAACGCUCCUCUGGACGAUCCUACAAGAGCUGCAGAAAACUAUGGUGUACUAGCCGACAAAAAGAAAGCAGUACUAACCGACACCCCGGUUAUAUUCAGGAUCCACAGAGGGCUCAUGGAAGAAAAUGGAACGGUAUCUCUGGAAGCACUUAAUCGCCCACGAUUUUUUCUACGCCACAAAAAUUACCACUUUCAUUUGGAGAAAGAAGUCAAUAGUUCUAUGUUUUACAAGGAUGCAACCUUCUUCAUUUUAAAAGUCACAGAGAACCCAGCCCUGUACGCGUUCGAGUUGUACAGUCAUCCCACAUGGUUCAUGCGCCAUUUAAAACACAAACCGUACAAAAUGGUCCUCAGGAAAGUAAAUGAAUCAAGCAAAGCUGUCAUGGAUUCCACCUUCUAUCUCGCUCCUCAUGCUUGCUCAGAAAAGAAGAAAAACGAAAGCAGUGCCGAAAAGAAGACGGUUUUGGUGGGAGACGGAACGUUUAUAGACACAGCGGAUGAAGAAGAAUCUGACAUUGCCAACGCCAAGGCUAAUGAUUUGAACGCGGAGGAUUUUGAAAAGGAAUUUUCAUCCAAAGACCAAGAUGAAAAGGGAGACUCAAUUCUUAUACACACUGAAGAUGAUACGAAGGACGACAAAAAGCCUAUAAAAAUACACACAGAAACUUCCACAGGAGAGAGCCAAGCAGAUAUUUUGAAGGAGGUCGAGGACGCUUUCAGAAUUGCCCAGAAUACAAACAACUCCACAUACCUGGAGAAGAUCGAAAAAGAUAUUGAAGACAAAGUGAAUAUAAUAGCUGAAUCAGCUUCAGAAAAUCCAAAGAAGCCGCCUUCUAAAGCUGGAAAGAGCGAUGACAACACACCCAUAGACACUGUGGACGAUAUCGAGAUACACACAGAGUCGGACCAACCUGACAAACCGAAAAACACUUUCCAUCCGGAAAUACACACUGAAAGUGAUUUACAGCACGCAGUUAAUGGAAAAGAUCCCCCUCAAAAGCAUCCGAAAGUCAAAGCUGAGGAAAGAACACAGAGAGUGGAGGUCUUGGGUCCAGUGAUCGAGCUAAAGAAACCCUCUGAUGACGAUAAACAAACCGAGAUUGACAAAGACAUUGUGGUUACGGGAAAGCCUAAACUGAACGGGAAAGUAACGAUAGACACCUCUUUUCACUAUCAGCAUCCACACAAAGGUCAUAUCAGUGAGAAAAAUGAAAAAUUCACCGGGUUUAGCAUUGACAAGGUAGCACCCGUAAAAAGCCCUUCAAACGCAACUUUUGGGAGCAUGCGAUUGAAAGCCACUACGCAUUCGCGCCAGCACAAAGCUUACCAUGAUUAUUCAGUGGCGCACAAAGUUUUGAACUCAAAUAUCGAGAAACUGAGAAACGUUUUGAGGGCAAUUGAAGAUGUACCGGCCAACAACAAAGUCAAUGAACAAGGAAUUAAGGUGGUAAAGAAAAAAUCUGGCAGGUUAGGUGAUAUUCCUGGGGAAAAGCAGCAUUUAAACAACAAUCAGCCCAGUUUGCAGCUCAGCGGUACUCCGCAAAUCAAUAACAUCCCUCUCCCUCCUUACUUGCCCCCAUUUCCACCGGGGUACAAAGUGCUCAAAUCUCAAACCUCUACACAGACGACAGUCACAGGGGUACCAAGUGCUCCUGUCACUCCGCAGCCAGCUGGCAAUGCAGCUUCUGUAAAUCUCCAGUCUAGAACGUCUCCAAUCCAGAAUCCGAUUGUUGCGGUUAAUCCUUUGCAGACCGCACGUGCAAAACAAGUCCAGCUCCCUCAAACCAACAGUAUUCCCCUGCGGGCCAAGACAGCCUUGGCGCAAGCUACCGCACCAGGGUUACACGUGAUCCAAGGAAAUGGAAACCUACCAAAUGAUAACGCUAAUACCCAAGCUUCCUCAGUGUUUGAUCACCUUGCCAGUGAACUUGUGGAUCAUGAUGCAGCAAGUCACGUAACUGAUCACGCAGCUACCAACCAGAUCAUUAAAAGUGUUAAUGAUUGGAUGAAGAAGCCCCAUCCUGGUAAUGAAUCUCUUCAGGAGACCUUUAAGGAGUUGAGUCCGGAUGAAUCUGCCAAGAUAUUUUACCUUGGUGAGUGUGAGGACAAGUUUCCCAGAGCGUGUGAAGACUGGGCAGCCCAGCGGUAUUGUUUGACAUUUAGUGAGCUUAUGAAGAGAUAUUGUAGAAAGGCCUGCAAACUGUGUAACCACGUGUUAGCAACAGGUUUUACCUCGUGCGACAAAACAUGCGGCGGAGGAGUCAGACUGCGCAUGAUCAAAGUCAAUAACCGCCAAGUUCUGCAGCGAAGGUCUUGCAAUAUACAUAGCUGUCCAAUUAAUGGAGGUUACACACCUUACUCUAAUUGGUCUGAAUGUAGCGUGACAUGUGGUGAAGGAGUGCGUUACCGACACAGGUCAUGUACCAACCCCAGGCCUCAGUUUGGUGGACAUGACUGCACGCGCUUUGGAGCUCCCGUUGAUACUAUGCCAUGUGUUAAGGGUUGUAAAGGUUUCAAACCUGGAAAGUACCAUUCUUCUGCUAAUUUGGGACUGAAGAAAGGGAAACAUUACUCGGACUCCAGCUUAAAUCCCGAGGAAUUUCCUGAAUAUAAAGCCGAAGAGUCAAAUCCAAAGAACACAGAAUCCGUUGGUGAAAGUGAUUCUGAUUUGGAAAACCAAGACGAUCAAGAUUCAGGCAGUGCAAAUCAACCGUCAGGUUAUGGCCAAGAAUUCGAAUGGCCCAAAAAACACCACCGGCACAAGCCUCUUGUUCUAAAGCACGUACAUAAAAAUGUAUACAAACAUCGGGAUAACUAUGGCAAAGAUUAUUAUCUACACAUUGAUGAAGAACGGAACCCGGAAGAUCAAUUCCAAACCCACGUGGUACGAUACCAGGGACAACAAGUGGCAAGGAUGCAGUGUGGUCCUUCACGACUGAUGCAGUACCAAAAGCACCCACCGAACAGCCCCGUUCCCUUCAAAAGAUCGGCAAAUCCAUAUAAAAUGUACGACGCCGGAGAGAUUGUGUAUGACAAAGAUGGCGUACCUGCAGAUACAACCAAAAAUGUCGUGCAAGCAUUUGACUCGCCUUAUAAGAUCAUUCUCCAAAGAAAUAAAAACAACGAAAUGAAAGUAAUGGAACAAUGCAUAGAGUCAGAUGCUUCAGUGAAUCCUGAAAAUGAUUUGAAGUAUGGAGCCCAGAAUUUUGAUCCCACUACAUUGGCAAGCGAACAACGUUCGCUUCCUGCCACUACAAGACCCUCUACGGAAGGCGAGGCUUCCAACCGCUUCACCGAAAAUGGUUUAUAUGAGUACAAGUACCAAGACAUUGGACAAGGCGUGGAUGAAAAAGGCCUAGACAGUGACGUCACUGCUCAGCUGACCAGGGCAAUCAAGAACGAAGCCGCUGAAAUAAGUCAGAAGUCUUUGAGGAGUCAAGACGCCAAGCCUACUCUUAAAGAGGAACUGGCAGCUGAGAAAGAGGAAGCUUUGAGAGAGAAAAAAUACGAAGACUUCGUUUCCAGAAGAUCCAAGAUGUCUCCUGGACGUUAGUUGCUACUGGAACCUGAACUUAGAAAACUCAAGCACUGCACAGAGGGCAUGUUUCGUGAAGAAUACUCAAUAAAGCAUAAUUGACCCAUAUUAUAAACUUCUUUCAUGUGGAACUGUGCAUUUAAAACUUGCAUACACCACAUAAAUAUAUCUGAGAGAUUUACUUUUACUAGAAAGCGUUAUUUUAUUCCUGACAGGUUUAAAACGUUAUUAACUAAGCUUUAAAGACGUACAAAUUUGUUCAGGUAACUGGGGUAGUCCAGAAAAACUAUGCAAUUUUAAAUUCACCGAUGUGUCUGGCUGGUUUCAAGCCGAAACAUGUGUGGCUGCAGCCUUGCAGCUUACAACUUAAAACGACGAAGCAGCUAAAUUAGUCGCUGUCGUCUUUAUAAUAAAUCAACAUAACAAUUGAAUUAAAGUCAAUCUAUGGAGUUUGAUUACAAGUAAUUGCGUAUGAGGAGUUAUCAUAGGGAGGACCGUCAGCUAACGUAUUUAGGCUAUGAAAUACGACGUUCAAAUAGUAUAUUGUAUUAGGAUGUUAGAAGAACAGCAUACUAUACUAUGACUGCAGGUAAAAUACAUUAUUGUUUGAUGUUGAAACAUUUACCCAUAUGAAAUAAAAGCAGUGAUAAAAGGACUAUGCCCUUAAUAGCUGUUUGAUAUUAUUCAAUUAGCAAUUUGGCACAAAAGAGGCUAUAGGUUCAUUCUGAGAGAACGUCUAAGCAAUAAAAUUAACUUUAUAGGAAAACCAGUAUACUUUCAGCACGAAAGAUUAUUUACUGCUGGUUACACUGUAACAAUAUGUAUUCCUUGAUUAAUGUAUGCACAUAACAUAGCCUACAAGGUUAUUUUUAAAUAAUAAAGCUGAAAAAUGCUGCAAAAGUCUAAUGACUUCUCUUCUUUCCAGCCUGCACCAGGCUUUCAGUUAUUUGGGGAGCAAUGCGAAAACGUGAGGGGAAAAUUAAAAUACAGAGGGAGUAGGGUAUCGCUCUCCCACGCCGCACUCCUUACUAAGUGUUAUUUCUUGCCGUUUUUAACUCGUGAAUUCCGCUAGCAAGUUACGAGUUGCAGUGGGUGGUUAGAUUAUUAGUACUGCCCCCGAAUUAAUUGAACACCUGGGACAAGCUAACUUAUCCCCAUCUUGAUUAUUCAAAGCUCAGGACUUUGCUAGCCAUACAGAGUUCCUUGUAUGCAUGUCUCUUGUUAGCUAUUACUUUGACUUAUUCAGCCAAUCAGAAAUAUAAGCUAGACUCUGUAGAGUUACAUCAUACAAGAGGAAUUUCAGACUCGUUUCACUCCCAGAUAAAGGAAAUGAGAUCCCAAGAGAGACUUAGUUAUUCUCAUGCUGAAGUAAAUAAGAAUUUUAUUCAGAAUUACCUCGGAAGGUUAGAAGUAAGGCGCAUUUUGAACUUGAUGCAAGUAAACGUGACCGUUAUCAACUAAAUGCGAUUUUGAGUCGGCGUUACCGCAUUAUAUUGGCGGCUAGUUGACAAGGGUGGGACAAAUGUUAGACGACAUUACCGUAUUAGUCUGUCUAAUUUACUUCUCUCGCGUAAAGCUCUGUCCAAGCGGGAAUGUUUGGCCAUCAAACACGAUCAAACAUUGUUUGGUGAACAAACACUUUUCCUUUGGAACGCCUUGUUUGAUCAUAA